UUUUUCGAUCAGAACAGAACUAUCAGUGGAUAAAACAAACAUAAGAAAUUCAUCAAAAUUGUUAAAUUUUGAUAGUGAUGUUUUCAAAUGUAUGCUUGAGGUGAUAGCAAUGAGUUCAGGAGUGGGAACUCGAGCACGUAUCCUUGAAUCACGUAAGGAGAAUUACACAUGGAAUUGUGGACGAGGUGCUAAUCGGAAACCACAAAUAAAAAACCAUAAACUUUUUAUUACGAAUACAAACAGUGAUUGGAUAAAUCCUAUAAAAUUACGAUUUUCUGUACAAUUACGAAAUGAAGCAAUCCCAGAGAUGCCUGGAAAUGGUGGAAAAAUAAUUGAUAUGAAUUUAUAUCCUGUUCUAAAUAAAUACGGUUCCGAGGAUACUUUCAUC